AUGGGCCGUCCAAGAGUUAACAAUUUCGGCCACGUAAAUCAUCACUUUUUGUCGGGCAACAAAGAGCAUCCUGCGAACCAGUCGCGAGUGACGAUUGAAGCUUCGUCGGCUUUGUGUCGAAUCAGUUGA